UUUAUUGUAGCCUGUUUCCGAGGAUAUUACAAGCAGAUUAGCACAUGUCGGACAGAACAGCAUGUAAAUGGGUGUGCUGUGGUAAUAUUCAAUACUGAGGAAACUGAGAAAGUAAUUGUAUGUAUACAAAAGUUUAGGGAAUGGAGGUCAACGAACAGGGUGAACCGAUGAAGAUUGAAUCAGAUCACGUGUCUAUCGGCUCAGAUAGCACCACACCGUGUGUACGCUGUAUACGACCUGGACCCCGUUCGCUGACUCUUUCACACAACUUACCGCCGCUGGCAAUAGAAGACCGAUGGAAGCGCCAGCGGAUUUACUCGAUUCAGGCUACGUGAACGAAUUACACAUACAGGCUUUCAUCGAUGCCCUACAGUCGGACGACCUAGAUGCUCAUGAUGCCCUAUCAGCAGCUUCACCCCACACCGUUCCCAGCUCUCCUGUGCCACAGAGCCCUCGAGUGAGGAAGGUCUCCGCUCUUUCCGAUUUCGCUCCAAUCAACUUGAAGGUGAAGAGAAAACGAAAGGGGGAUAAGUCUCCGGGAAGGAGGCAAGAGUGGUCGUUUCUCGUGCUCCGAUGGCCACUCCUCUUUUUGAUAUUUAUCCUCAUUGCGGCUCAAUUUGGGUUCUACAUCCUUAUUAGACAACUUGUGAACACCAAAGAAUGGUUGCUGGCAUGCAAGUUUGACCUUAAAUAUACCGACACUUUGUGGCUCAUUCAAAUUUCAAAGGGCGAGGACAGAAGGGCCUUCUACGAAAGCGUCUUCGAAUGGAAGGAAACGGCAAUGAUGCUCGACAGAUACCUUAUGUUCAAUGACUGGAAAAAGGUUGAUGAGGAUGCAUUUUAUGAUUGGAAACUUCUGCGCAAGGUGAAUCGGUCGUUGAAGAUUUUGAGAGAGAAGAAGGAUGUUCGCGGCGUUCUCGGUGUGUUAGAGACGUGUAUCCGAAGCAAUUUUGUAGGAGUCGAGUCUUCCAGGCUUUAUAGUGAAACUUUCUUGGGUACCAAGGACUUAAUCGAAUCGUACCAUACGGAGUUGCAAAGCGCACUACAAUUCGUUCGAGAGUCCUCGGAGCUUUCCAUUGAAGAGAAGAGGAAAUUCUUCAAAAAUGCUAGUACUAAUCUGGGAGCAUCUGCCCUGUGUCUCUCAGGUGGUGCGUCUUUUGGGUAUUACCAUUUUGGUGUAGUGAAAGCUUUCCUAGAUGCAGGGCUGCUUCCCCGAGUUAUUGCCGGAACAUCUGCUGGCGGUCUCGUUGCCGCUCUGGUGUGCACACGUACAGACGCGGAACUGAAGGCUCUUCUUGUUCCGGAACUCGCCCAAAAACUGACAGCAUGUGAAGACUCCUUUACUGUAUGGAUAAAGCGUUUUGGGACUACCGGUGCAAGAUUUGACAGUGUUGUGUGGGCUCGUAAAUGCACAUUCUUUACAAGAGGUUCCAUGACCUUUCGAGAAGCCUAUCUACGGACCGGGCGAAUUCUCAACAUUUCUGUUGUCCCUGCUGAUCGCCACGCCCCCACGAAGCUCUUGAAUUACAUGACUGCGCCGGAUACGAUAAUUUGGACGGCCCUACUCGCUUCAGCAGCUGUACCCGGGAUUCUCAACCCGGUUGUGCUCAUGCAAAAGCUCCACGAUGGCCGCGUAGUGCCAUGGAAUUGGGGUAGCAAGUUCAAGGACGGGUCUUUAAGGGUUGAUAUUCCUCUUCAAGCUCUCAAAAUGUACUUCAAUGUUACUCACCCGGUUGUGUCGCAAGUGAACCCCCAUGUCCAUUUAUUCUUCUUUGCGCCUCGUGGGUCGGCAGGAAAACCGUCAGUGCUUCAUGCGUUUACAGGGUGGCGAGGCAAUUUUCUUCUGUCUGCGGCGGAACAGUGGCUGAAACUAGAGCUAACAAAGAAUUUCAAAGUGAUUCGUGAUCUCGAGCUUCUUCCGCAGUUGCUUGGACAGGACUGGUCUAGUGUCUUUCUGCAACGUUUUGAUGGGGCUGUCACAAUCUGGCCGAGGACGCGAAUUUUGGAUUGGUUGCAUAUCUUGAGCGAUCCAGACUCGGUCGAGCUCGAACGAAUGAUGAAAGUCGGGCAAAUUGCAACGUGGCCUAAGUUGCACAUGAUCGAAAAUCGGUUUCGCAUAGAAAAUGAGAUUCUCAUGGGUCGACAGGCAGUCCGCAUAGCAAUGGACCAAAUUCGGUCCCGUACAACUCCCGGUGACACCCGAAAUAUUGCUGUCAACGGUCAGGCCGUCCCCGAGCCCGUUACUGGCUCUCGACUUCGUACAAGAUCCGAGUCGCCAAUACCAUUGGACUCGGACACCGAACGUGCAUUCAAAGACAAUGGCACGGCUUGGUACUUCCGCCGUGGUCGCCCUACAACUGGUGCUCCACGCGAAUCUGAGACGAGUACACCGUAUGAGAACAACUAUAACAAUAUUACCGACCCUUUACGUUCUCCUGUGCUGCGUCGCAGGUGGGCAUCUGAACUCCUCGAUCGCAACGACGACAGUGGAGCUGGAAACUCAUCUGCAAGCCCACGUACAGCCACGCCAGAACCAUCUGCUGAUGAACCAAGGCAAAACACUUCUAACUCGUCUACAUUCUUCAGGAGACUUGGGCCAAGAUCGUUGCCGAUACCAUUCUCAGGUUCUUAUAGACCUGCCAAAUCCAGCGGGAGGAGUUUGGGUGUAAAUGCAUCAGAAUUUGCCUGGAGUAGUGAAAGUUCAUCAGAGGAUGAAUUGGAUCACCUCCAACCACAGUCCGCUCUUUACCUGAAUACUGAAUUGGAUGAAGAUGCGGUUUCAGAUGAAGAAGGAAUGGAUCAAGACUGA